CAUUUGCUUAUCUAAGGAUUUUCCACGCACGGACUUCAGCUCCAGUUUAACGCCCAACGCAUGGAAACCCACAGCGCCGACACAGAAUAUCUCGUCAGAAAGGGCUCUAACACAGGCUACAGGAUCCUCUCAAUUCUAACUCCUCCUGCUUACACUGUCUAUGUCCUAGCUCGACAUGGCCGCCCUUCAUUCUCUAUAAACGGGCUGCUCCGGUCAACUUGGAUCGGAGGUAUCGCAGGUGCUACUGGAGGAGCCGGAAUUGCAUUUGCGCGCUAUAAUUUCACAAAUCCAGAGAAAGUACGCGUGAAGAGAGUACAAGUGGCGUACGAUACUGGCCGAAUACGAGCAGAAGAUCAUGCCACAAUUGGAGGUGUCUUACUCGCUGUUCUGACCCCUGCUGUGUUUUGGAAUCGUGCUAGGGUCGCCAACUUAAUAUUAGGCGGUGCUGGUAUAGGAACUGGUGUCGGAAUGAUUGCUCAUUGGACCCGUUCCGUCACUGGUGAUACUCCGAAACCGUUUGUUCCAGCGUAAGGUACAACCAGAGAGCUACCACUUGUCUCCAAUGUACUUGAAUUGAGUACUCGAUCGCUCUGGAUCCUUCUGGAUCCUAGUUCUCAGCAAAUUUAUGGUUGACCAUGUCACCUAUCAAGUUUAUUGAAUUCAAGGAACCACUGCUGGUAAAAUACGUAGCCCAAAACCAGAAAAAUCAAAACGCAAUUGAGAGAUGAACCACACAUCAACACUACAAAAAAUUAUGUGUUUGUCCCUGCUUGGUCCAAUCAUUCCGAUUGGCUAGACAAAUUUUGUCUUAACAUAAAUGCACGCGCGU